CAGCAAUGCCGCGAUAUAUCGCACUUUUUGCAAAAAUGACGUCUAAACUCUAAUACAAAUUCUAACAGAAAUCUCGGUAAAGUUUUUGUAAGAACAAUUAUGGAGUUUAUAUAGUACUUAGUGUUUAUAUUGCUGUCGUGUGAGUCACAAUCGUCACGCCUCAUCGUAAAGGCGUUUACGCGUACGCGCAUACCAACACAUACCGUUAAUACCGCGCAGCUGUGCGGCACGAUACGACUAUCAACAGAAGACCGAGUGAUACCAGUGAUACCGCUCGAUGAUCGUGUGCGCUCGAAAAAAUUAAUCCUAUCGCUCGAUCGUCGUUUACGAACUCGUGCACGUUCCUUGGAAAAAUAUGACGCUUGAAUUGAAGAAGUUUCUCUACGGACUAUUAACUGAUGUAGAGGGUUUGCAUAGUAUAUUAAUUACGGACAGGGAUGGAGUACCUGUUAUAUCUAUAGCUAACGAAAAAGCACCAGAGUUAGCUACAAGAGCCAGUUUUUUAUCUACUUUUGGAAUGGCUACUGAUCAAGGAAGUAAAUUGGGACUUGGCAAAAAUAAAACUAUUAUAUGCAUGUACAGUAAUUAUCAGGUAAUCCAGAUGAAUAAAUUGCCGUUGGUUGUUAGUUUUAUUGCUAGUCACAAUUGCAACACUGGCCAUGUAUUAUCAUUGGAAAAUAAGAUUGAUCCUAUCUUAAGUAGUUUAAAGAAUGCAGUAGUGGAAGCCUGAUGGUUACCUGUUGUUCAUUACGGAUGAUAGAUGUUGAACACCGUUCAAAUAUAAAUGUAUAAAUUAUUGCAAGUAUUGCAAAAACAAUAAUAUUUUUUUCAAGGAUUAUAAAUACGUUUUCAUGUUUUUACUUACUUGCAUUUGUUCAUAAUAUUACAAGUGUGUUUGUAAAGUAAAGAAUUAUAUAAUACUUUAAAUGAAUGCAAAAAACCUACAAAGAAGCUCUUUUUGAAAAACUUAAAGAUAUACUCGAAGUUAGAAUAAUAUUUAUUUAUUAAAAAUAUAAUAUCUUUCAUAAAAAAAACUGUGUGCUGUAAAUUUUAAAUUUAUUACAUUAAGUAAUAUAUGUAAUAAAUUUAUUACACAACAAGUAAUAUAGGUAAUAAAUCGUAAAGAAUUUUUUGAAACUUAA